AUGGACAAAAAGGAAUCCCCGAAGUGGUCUCCGCCCGCUUCAACGUCCAACCGACCUCUUGCCUUUUUGGGCGCUGGAGGCAGAGCAAAGAAGAUAGCUUGUCUUUGGGCUUCUGCGGGAUAUGAUGUGAACAUCCAAGACUUGGACGAAGAUCGAUGCGAUGCAGCGCUGUGGUAUAUAAACACAAACGCCUCGAACUUUGCAGAGCGGCUUGGUCGAGACUCCCGCCGAGUGGGCAAAUGUCGAAAUUUUGCAGACCUUGCAUCUGCGGUGAACAAUGUCUGGCUAGUGGUCGAAGCAUGCCAAGGACAGUCGCAGUCGAGAAUUGAUAUAUUGGGCGAGGUAGAUUCUAUGUUGCCUACCGACUGCAUACUUGCUUCGACCUCUUCCUCCACCUCGAACCUUAUAUUUGCGAGGACGACCACAAGGCGCCGGCACCUUACUUGCUAUAUACGCUACUCACUUCUACCGAACAAUCGAGCUGUUGAACUGCUCCCUUGCCCGGAAACGGAUCCAGGCGUCCUUUCUUUUCUUACCGAGCAUCACCAAAAAAUGGGUUUGAUAACAGCAGUGUCACACGGUAGUUCGAAACGAAUGAGGAUGUUUCUGACCCUGAGGAAGUUGAUACUCUUUGGGGCGAAAUGUUCUCGGAUCCAAGUAGUGGCAAUAGAAGAUGAAUACGUUGCAGAGCGAAACCUGGAGAGCUCCUUCACAUCAGACUUCUUACGGUUGAAGUAUAUCCAGGAAGGCAGGUUCGGGGCGGGAUCGCCGAAAGGGAGGCUCAGGUUCCUGAAAGUUUCCAAAUCCAUUGCCAACGGGGACAUUUAUGUGCCAAAGACGCCAUCACAACCGACAUUGUUCUUCCUGGAUGUGGGUGUAGGCGAAAAUGUCCACUCUAUGGAAGAAGCAAUGACAGCCGGCAAGAUCUUGACCACCACCCCAGACGGCAGGCAAAUCAACACAAUCGUUACCAGGCAAUCCUACCCGGAUGGAAUCGACAUUAGCCUCCAAGUUGGCCGUAUCUUCUGGACCGACAUGGGUGUAACAGGCUGCAAAGACGGCUCCAUCAUGUCGGCAACCCUCGACGGCUCCGACAUCCAAUACAUCAUUCCCAAAGGCCAUGUCCACACUCCCAAACAACUCGCCAUGGAUCACAUAAACUCCCACCUCUACUUCUCCGACCGCGAAGGCCUCUGCGUCAGCCGAUGCAACUUUCACGGCUCCAACAAAACCACCCUGAUCCAAACCGGCGACCCCGCAAACCCAGACCACGCAAGCGACCCUCUCCGCUUCGCACGAGCACGUUUUACUGGACGCAAAAAGGGCGCAGCAAAGCAGGCCAAGGCCGCAUCUUCCGUGCCAACGUGA